AUGAAAGUAUUGCCAAUCAAUGAUUCUUUAAUCAUUCAACAAGGUUCCCUCGAGAAGGAAUCAUCAACAAACGUGCAAAAACAUUCAGCCAGUGUUCGUAAGGCCAUUAACAAUAACAAUACCUCCUCAUACAAGCUGGAAGAUAAUGAGUUGGAAUUUAACUUGUUUCGCUCGGGGAGAGGAUGCUGUCUUGAUGGAUUGUGUUCUAUUAAGAGUGUUAUUCUCUCAUUCUUAAUUGUCUCUCUACUCUUGACAUGUGCUGUGAUUUGGGCUGUACUGAUGGUGCUCAUCUCACAGGAGGUGAAUAUAACGAUGGGCAUUGCUUCGCUGGUUGUUUGGUGCACGUGUAUUGUUUCGGUAAUUGUCUUUGGUGUGGUAUCCUCUGUGGUGGUCUAUUAUUUGAUAAGGAAACCUAUGAGAGAGCUAACCAGACAACUCUUCACAAUGAAAUCAUUGAGAUUCGACUCGGUUAUCCAGCUCUCCUCCAUAAUGUAUGAAUUUAUUCCCCUCUUCAGGAUCUUCUUAGAGAUGAACAAUUUAAUGAAGGAGAUUAGACCAUUCAUUCCAGAAUCUAUUACCAGAUCUUCAGAGUAUGAAACUGAGAGUAAUAACAGUUCAGACAAUCAGGAGCAACAGAAGGAAAUUCAAAUGAUGGCCAUGAGAAUGUCACUUAAAACAUCAAAUUCUAUUGCUCAAUUGGGUAAAGCUCCAUCAACAGCUCUGAUCCAAAAUUCCCUCAAGUCUGUAAAUUCUGUGGCCAAAUUGAAGAGAGCCAUGUCGAAAAUGAGGAAAUCAAUGGAAGGAACUGGAUCAGAAGGAGCAAGUUUCCAAUCCAAAGACGGCGUGGAGCAACAGCAACAUCUGCAGGUUUCACACCUCAAAUCACAACCAAUUUGGGUCUUGGAUUGA